UCUGAGCACACAUAUUUAACACAUGAAGCAGCUACACGUCUUCCAGGACCAGGACCGGGAACUUGUAAGAAAAAAAACAAAAAAAAAAAAACAGGAAACGAGUUAUUUCAGCGCUCCUGCAGGUUUAGCAGGUCUCCCGCUAUUCAAGCUCUUGUGCGGGGCACAUUUCAUUUCCGAACCCCUGCUUGGUUUUCCUGAAACUGGACGCCGGGUGCUGAUUAAUAAAACAUCCAUUGUGCGCCGCUGGCCGAUCACCGGAGCCCUUUCAGCUGUAUAAGCGGUGAAAGGCGACAUAAUCUCCCCAGAACAAGAUCUGGACUGAGAUUGAGGCGCACACAAACACACAGAGAGGCAGCCAGCAGGAGGACCUCAGCAGCAGCAGCAUGUUAAAGCCUCAGCAGCGCGGUGAGCUGCUCCUGCACGACUCCCCGCCGGUGUUCGGGAAGCCGUGGUACUGGCAGCGCAGCAGCAGCACCAUGGAGAGCACCCGCAGCCUGGCGCAGGUCAUCAUGGAGAUGCGCGACGAGAUCAAGAAGCUGGAGGCGGAGAACCGAGAGCUGAGGGGGGACUACGGCCAGCGGGCGUUCGGGGCCGCGCCGGGGGAAGGCAGCCCGGUGUCCUCAGCGGCAGGGCAGCGGCAGGACGUGGUGGAAAACCCGUACGUGAACCUGAGGAGGAAUGCGUCUGCGCCGGCGCUGGAGGGUCAAUACAAAGAGAACACCGUCAUGACUGUCCGCAGGUACUCCAUAAACUCCAACCUGUCAGGGGUGACCGUGAGAGAGGCAGGGACCGACCGGGCCCAGCCGACUGACUCUGGGUGGGGGAGACUACACGAAGAAAUCCAGCAUGGGAGCAGCCUCUUUGGUGACUCAUCCAGAGGAGAUGUUGGGAAAGUUUCUAACAGGCACUCCCUGCAGGAAUAUGUUCACAAAAACAGGGCUAAAGUAAAAACUGUCACCUUCCUUCUCCCUGUGGAUGACAUUUACACCAACCGGCCUGUUCUCACCAAGCACCAGGAGGAGCCCAAAAUCACAGAGCUGGCCUCAAUCACUGAAACAGAAUCUUGAGAUAGGCAGCAGAACUGUUUUCUU